AGAAAGAAAGAAGGAUCAAGGACCUUGGAAUAUAGAGAAAGAUAGAGAUAGCAAUAAAGGAAGUGAGGAGCUGCUUAGCCAGCCGUAGGGCCACCAGACAGAGAUUAGCAGCCACAGCAACAGUACAGGGACAGGCUCCCGUGCCCAGGGCACCAUGUGAGAGCCAGGGCAUCCUGCUCCACCUCUUUAUAGCCAGGGAUGUACAAUAGCCAGGGAGCUGUGAGGCUGCAUCCAUGCAUAUUUCAUAUGGACAUGUCUUCCAGCCUGGUAUAGCAGCAGUACAUUGACAUGUGAAUUGGGAAGGAGGGAGGGGGAAUGCAUAGUGGCUGACUGGCAGCAUAUGGCUUCACUAAGCUUAUCAUUGCUCUUAUUGUCAGCAUUCCAUUUGUUUUGCUGUUUGCUGGGGAAAGGCAGGCACCAGGCAGCUGUGGGUGUAACAGGAGGGGAGAGCAGAGAUUGACACAGCAGGCAGGAGGACUGCCCUGGGCUGAGCUCCACCUUGCAAGCCCCGGUGCAAGUGUCAGAGGGAAGGAGGGAGGGCUGGAGCUGGGACCUGGCUGUUUUUUGGAGGGGAUACCUGGCUGUGAAUGAGGGGAGCCCCUAUGUGGUCACUGAGUGUCACAGCCUCCCCCUAGACUGACUGCCCGAGGCCUGGCCUGAUCUACCUUAAAAACAACGUGGAGCAUCACAGGAAGCCCAGUCACUUCAGAACCAGGAGGGGGACAUUCAGAGGUCGGCUCCUACAGCUCCCAGGGAUGAAACUGAAGAAGCAAGUCACUGUGUGUGGAGCGGCCAUCUUUUGUGUGGCUGUCUUCUCCUUGUAUCUCAUGCUUGACAAAGUGCAACACGACCCUCCCAGGAGACAGACUGGCGGCAACUUUCCCAGGAGCCAAAUUUCGGUAUUGCAGAACCGGAUAGAGCAGCUUGAACAACUGCUGGAGGAGAAUCACGAAAUUAUCAGCCAUAUCAAGGACUCUGUGCUGGAACUGACGGCUAACGCGGACGGACAGCCUGUUCUACUUCCAUAUCAUACUUCUAAUGGAACAUGGAUUCUUCCAACAGACCCUCGUCCUAUCUUCUACUCCAUCUCUCCACAGGACUGUCAGUUUGCUGUUUCAAAUAAGGGACAGAAGACUGAUUUGCAGAUGCUUGAUGUUUACACACAGUUGCCUUUUGACAAUGUGGAUGGAGGAGUCUGGAAACAAGGCUUUGAUAUCACAUACGACCCAAAGGAGUGGGAAACUGAACCGUUGCAGGUUUUUGUUGUGCCGCAUUCCCACAACGACCCUGGUUGGAUAAAAACGUUUGAUAAAUAUUAUUACGACCAGACACAGCACAUCCUGAACAACAUGGUGGUGAAGCUGCAAGAGGAUCCACGCAGAAAAUUCAUCUGGUCAGAGAUCUCUUUCUUCUCCAAGUGGUGGGACAACAUCAACUCUCAGAAGAGGGCUGCAGUGCGCAGGUUAGUUGCAAAUGGUCAGCUAGAGAUGACAAGCGGUGGCUGGGUGAUGCCCGAUGAGGCCAACACACAUUAUUUUGCCAUGAUUGACCAGAUGAUUGAGGGACAUCAGUGGCUAAAGAAAAAUAUUGGUGUCAUUCCUAGAUCGGGCUGGGCAGUAGACCCAUUUGGGCACAGCUCUACAAUGCCGUACCUUCUAAAACGCUCCAACCUGACUAGCAUGCUGAUCCAGAGAGUGCAUUAUUCAAUCAAGAAACACUUUGCAGCCACGCAGAGCCUGGAGUUUAUGUGGAGACAGGCAUGGGAUUCACACUCUAGCACGGAUAUCUUCUGCCACAUGAUGCCCUUUUACAGCUAUGAUGUACCCCACACAUGUGGCCCUGAUCCCAAGAUCUGCUGCCAGUUUGAUUUUAGGCGUCUGCCUGGUGGAAGAAUAAAUUGUCCGUGGAAAGUGCCUCCAAGAGCCAUUACCGAGGCCAACGUGGCUGAGAGAGCAAACCUCUUGUUGGAUCAGUACAGGAAAAAGUCCAAGUUGUACCGCAGUAAAGUUGUCCUCAUCCCCUUGGGAGAUGAUUUCCGUUACGACAAAAUUCAAGAAUGGGAUGCGCAAUUCUUAAAUUACCAGAGGCUCUUUGAUUACAUGAAUUCUCAUCCAGACCUCCAUGUCAAGGCUCAAUUUGGCACGCUCUCAGACUACUUUGACACCCUGUACAAGUCUAUGGGAGUCACACCAGGAGUGAAGCCUCCAGAGUUUCCUGUGCUUACUGGGGAUUUUUUCUCCUAUGCUGACAGAGAAGAUCACUACUGGACUGGAUACUUCACUUCAAGGCCGUUCUACAAGAGUAUGGACAGGAUGCUGGAGUCCCAUCUACGAGGAGCGGAGAUCCUGUAUAGUUUGGCGAUAAGUCACGCCAGGAAAGUGGGAUUGGAGAGCAGAUACCCACUUUCUGAUUAUGCUUUAUUAACUGAUGCCAGACGUAACCUUGGACUAUUUCAGCAUCAUGACGCCAUCACUGGCACCGCAAAAGAAGCCGUGGUUAUUGACUAUGGUGUGCGGUUGCUGCACUCGCUGAUGAACUUGAAACGCAUCCUAAUUAAUGCAGCUCACUACCUCGUUCUGGCAGACAAGGACAACUAUCACUAUGAACACUCUGUGCCAUUCUUCAGCACGGAUGACAGCCGAUUAACCCAGGAAACACUGCCAGAGAAAACAGUCAUCAAAUUGGGAUCAUCACCAAGGUAUAUAGUGGUGUUUAAUCCAGUGGAACAAAAUCGCCUGUGUGUAAUCUCUCUACUUGUGAACACUCCACAUGUCCGAGUGCUUACAGAAGAUGGGCAGCCAGUAGCAGUCCAGCUCAACCCAAUAUGGCAAUCGGUUACUGAAAUGAACCCAGAUGUAUUCCAGGUAUCUUUCACAGCCAGGCUGCCAUCACUUGGACUGAGCAUCUUUCAGCUCUACAUGUCCUUUGACACGCACACUACUCUGAAAUCCAGUGUCCAUGUAUAUUUACAUGGGAGGGACCUGACGAUAAAGAAACAAGAUGUUUUUCCGUUAAAGACUAUAGAAUCCAGCACAGAUGAUUUUUUCCUAGAGAAUCAGUAUAUGCAGGUCUGGUUUUCUGGCGUCACUGGACUUCUAAAGAGAAUUAAACGAGCAGGAGAGGAACAGGAUCACAAGGUCAAUAUGGAGUUUCUCAUCUAUGGAACACGGACAUCCAAGGACAAAAGUGGAGCUUAUCUGUUCCUGCCUGAUGGUGAAGCGAAGCCUUAUACUCCCAAAGACCCUCCUGUGGUACGCGUUACAGAAGGCCCUUUCUUUUCAGAGGUGACUUGUCACUAUCAGCACGUGCAACAGACAAUGAGACUGUACAAUUUGCCAGGGACCGAUGGGAUGUCUCUAGACAUUACCUCCAUGGUUGACAUUCGAGAUCACGUCAACAAGGAGAUAGCCAUGCGUCUCAGCACAGACAUACAGAGUGGAGACACCUUCUUCACAGACCUCAAUGGAUUCCAGAUACAAGCCAGAAGAUUUUUCAAAAAGUUGCCACUCCAAGCAAAUUUUUAUCCAAUGCCUCUGAUGGCUUAUAUUCAAGAUGAACAGACUAGAUUAACUCUUCACACUGCCCAAGCGUUGGGAGUUUCCAGUCUCAAAAGCGGUCAAUUAGAGGUCAUUCUCGAUCGACGAUUAAUGCAGGAUGAUAACCGUGGCCUUGGUCAAGGAUUAAAAGACAACAAGAGAACCUGCAACAGAUUCCGUAUCCUGCUGGAAAAACGAUCAUCUGGAAACAAGGUAGAGGAAAACCAGCUGGUGAGCUUCCCCUCUCUUCUAAGCCACAUGACAUCCAUGCACCUGAACCAGGAGCUCCUUGUGAUGCCAGUGACCAAUGACAAAGGCCCGGCACUGAAAUCUUUCCUGCCACUCUCUGCGACCAUCCCCUGUGACUUCCAUAUUCUCAACCUGAGAACACUACAAGCCGAGGACGAUGGGAUACCUUCUCCAGACACUGCACUAAUUUUACACAGAAAGGGUUUUGACUGUGGAUUUGAAGCAAAGAAUCUGGGAUUCAAUUGUACCACGAGUCAAGGAAAGCUGCCACUUGGAGGCCUCUUUCAAGGACUAGAAAUUGGGGUCAUGCAGCCCACCUCUCUGACACUGAUGUAUUCUUUAAAUUCACCAAUAAACAGUAGUAGCCCAAUGGUCAACAUAGAACCCAUGGAAAUAUCGACUUAUCGCUUACGUUUCAGCUAACCCCGGCAAAGGAGUGGGUGAGAGAUCCCAGAGCACAGCAGUAAAUAAACUGGAAGCUGGGUUUUCCCUCAGCACGUUUAAUGUUCUUCUGAAGAGCAAAAAAGUUUCAAAAAAUACAUAAAAAGCUGCAAUGCCUAGUCUGGGAAGGUACCCAGCACUGGAAAAGGCCAAAGAGGCACUCCGGACAAACCUAACGGUUCUACCUUCUGUUUAAACCCUAUCUGUGAAAAAGGGGCAGUGCAUUUCAGGCCCUUUUAGCACUGAAAGGGUUAACCACGUAGAUGGCGCAUCACUGAAUGAGCAGAAGCUAUUUGAGGAUUUUUUUGUUUUGUUUUUGCUUUGUUGAAUUUUUUCUUUUGCUUUUUGUGAAAUUACUAAUUUAUUUGUUGAUUGUUUUUUGUUUUAAUAUUCCAAUUUCACACAAGUCCUCUUUCUAGAUCGUAAUUAUCUCACUGACCUAUUCUCUGCACUGGUAAAUACUCCUCAAGUCACAGAUGAAACUUCAAGUUCUUUCUGUAUAGUGUUUUGGGGUUUCAGUGUCAGUAUUCUUCCAGAGUUUGUCAUUUCAGAUUCUGUAACCUUGAUCCCUAUUUUUUUGUUUGUUUGUUUUCAUACUGGUACAUCACAGCACAGGACUAUUGAUAGUAAAUUCUGACUGUAUUUUAUGAGCGGGGAGGGAGACUACAGAGUAUAAUUUAUGAACUUUGUGUAUAUAUAUAAAUAUAUAUAUAUAUAGUUUUUGCUAUUGUGACUGUAGACCAUGCUAUAAAUACAGAUUUGUUGUCAUCCUGGACAA